CAAGCAUGGAGGUUGGUGUGGGACCGACGGUUGUACGGAACCCAAUCACGUUUCGGAACUGAGCCGAACAUGUUACACCAGCUUUACCUUCAACUGACAGUCGCGAAGCGUCAUUCGCCAGCAAAAUACGCACCGACGUAGAACGACGGGCUGCGUACAAGGAAAACUGCUGCUCGCCUAGGUCCGACAUACAGGAUCUACCGUGUGUAGUUAGCUAAAGUUGUUUGUUGCACUUUUUUGUCACAACCUACAGAACGCAAAACGGAAACUAACGAACAGAAAAGAAGGAAAAAGGAAAGAAAAGUACACAAAAGAAAACGCGCACUCUUGCACGCUCGAGUGGAUAAUUGUAUCAAUAUACACAGUCUAUGUGGAGCCCUCAUUUUCUUCUCCUAGUGGAUACAGAACACAAACAAAACGCAUACGAACACAUCCCCUUUUUUUUUGGUAAACAACAAUACGUCCCAAAGCGAUGCAGCGAAAACUGUGUGGAUUUUACACCGUUACCAAUAUUGUGCUACAGAAAGUGCCUAGUGAAUUUGUGUUUUGGAAAACAUAAGAACAGCAGCAUUACGAAACAGACCCACUGUUAACCCCGUAUAAUAGGGGAAGGAAACAACGCAGAGAUAACAGCAGUGUGUGUGUGUGUGUGUGUAUGUGUGGAAAAGUGUGAGACUGUUUUGGGCAGGGAGUUUUUGAUUUUGUUUUGUAAGCACGUAAAAGCAUACAGCAACCACACAACACCCCCCACUAGUGACGACAACGUGGAAACGAACGGUUUGCUAGAUUGGAAAAACAAGGAUAGCCGAAACCGAAAAUAGAGAGAAACCCUUACCGCACACCGUAGGGCACGGCGAAACAACGGAUCAACAAGAUUAAUGUAAUAUUGGUGCACGCACGGACAUUACACGGCACGGAAACACGCACGACUAUCUGUACCGAACAAAAGAAAAAAGGGGGCGGCGAGCAGCUGUAAGAAACCGGAAUCAUACGCCAACACACCGGAACACUUUAAAGUGAUGAUCUAGAGCGCAAAUAUGUCAAAUACUGACACAUCGACGACAGUGGCAGCAUGGACAAACAUUUGGCAACAUUUGAUGCUGGCCGCCGGUCUGCUGGCGCUGCUGCUGUCCGGCGGUGGCACUAACAUCCUUGUCUCGGCCGAGGGCAACAUCGGUUGCCUCUUUGCGGAAACACUUUGCCUGGAACACCUGGAAUGGUGCUACGAUGACUUCGCCUUUGGAAAGUGUCUACCGCAGUAUGGGCUCGAGCCGGAGGAACUCUUCCGGAAACCGCUGGAGGAGGACCAGAGUCGCAUCCUGGCACGUAUGCUCGAGGAGCUCCAGGGAGCCGGCCUCGGCUGGGAGCACCCGUUCACCCAGUGUCGCAUCCAGGGUGCACUCUUCGCCAUCCGCACCAACUCGGAGAUCCCGCAGACGCUGUGCGCUAGUCUAGCACCGGAUCCCGAGAUCCUGGGUCCCCAGAGUCCGCUUGCUUUCGUACGCUUCACACCGCCCAACGAGGAGUACGCCGAUGAGGUAUACUAUCCGCCACCGAAGAAGGCGUUCGCGAAACAGCAGCUCGAGUCGCCGGUCGAAUUGGACAUCCUGCCGGAAGUGAUUCCGUUGGAUCCACGCGGUACUUCGCUGAAUCUCGAUCGGACUCGUCUGCAGGAGCUGCAGCGACGGAUUGCUCUUGGACGAAUGUUGAAGCAGUACGAUGCCGAUCAACAACAGCAUCCACCCGACGUGACGGACUAUCUGGAUGGGGGUGUUGAUCUGAACGAGAUCGAGGAUAGCCAGCUGUUGCCGUUCAAGGCACCGGAAGGUGAGCGCGAGUGGGCGUACGGAGCGAGCAAACGUGGAUCGACUGGAUCGGGUAUCUUCCGCGAUCAGCAGACAGGGAACGAUGAGGAACGUGCCCUAAGGGAGCUGGUGGAGCGCUUGACACCGGCGGACGUAGAUCCGGAGUUUGAGUACAUCUAUCCGAAGACAUCAUCCUUCCGGGAGUACGCGAAAGAGCAUCACAUUCCGAAGAUUUCGAACUUUGCGCCGGAAAACGUUAACCGAUUGCAGCAGGAAGCCGGAGCAGCUAAAGCGAACGAUCCGAACGUGGACAAGUUCUACACGCAUCCGCACAAGGCUGUAUCGCAUGCCCGUAAUGAAAUACCAGCAUCGGGAAACUUCCGCGAGUCGGCUGUGGCAGCGUAUGCACCGGGUCCGGAAGCGGGCGGUUUGUACACGGAGGGAGGUUUCGUGUACGUUCCAAAGUCGGGCGGUAGACCCGGCAAGGACGAAGCACGCACCCUGCUGGAUAACAUUCUUGGCUUUACCAGACGCGAACGGCUAGACGUAAAGAAACCGGGACCUCCGGCUGCACCACCACCGUCCGGCCAGAGUCCGAGUGAACCACCGAAAGAGAUGGCACCGACGGCGGAAAAACCUUCUGAGGACGGUGAAGAUAAGCGGCCCAAGUCGAAAAAGGAACUGUUUGCCCACACCGACGAUGAUCAUGCACCGCACUCGGUCGAUACGGAGUACGCGCACGUUAUCCUAAAAAACCCCAUCGACAACUGGAAGGAUGGUUCACGGAUUGUGGCCGCUCUUGCGGAGUUGCUAAACAUGCAGGGCUACUUCACGCAUCCACGGGUCGACCGGCACGAGGUAUCGUUCCGUGUUGAAGCGAAUCCGGACCGCAAAACGGCUGCCGAUGUUGCCAAGCAGAUCAACGAUAGUCGCUUCAAGAACAAUCUGUCCCGCCGGUUGGGUGUGCUCGUAAUACAGGCCGGUGUCGGUGACAAGACGAAGGAAAUGGAUGCUGUUUCGUCGCAGCGUUUGAAGCGUGUUGAAGACGGACCGAACGUUACGCACGUGAUGGCGUACAUGUUUGCCGGGGCAGGAGCUGCAGCUGUCAUCGUUGUGGCGAUGACACUGUUCCUCAUCCGCAAGCACGAUAAGAAAAAGGACAAACUGGGCGGGCUACAGUCGGGGCUGGGCGGUGGCGAUAGCUCCAGCAAAGACUAUCAGGACCUGUGCCGGGCGCGUAUGGCCGGUGGAAAGACUGGACCGACGGGUUCCGAUUCUCCCGGCGGACGGAUAACCGCGCUGACGAAGGAGGCGGAAGCCAGACCUCCAUCAUCUCGGUCGAGUACAUCUUCCUGGAGUGAAGAACCGGCGCUAACGAACAUGGACAUUUCUACCGGACACAUGGUACUAUCCUACAUGGAGGACCAUCUGCGCAACAAGGGACGAUUGCAGCGCGAAUGGGAAGCACUCUGUCGGUACGAGGCGGAACCGAGCGCACGUGAUGCGGCACUGCAGUCGCAGUGUGCGCCACUGAACCGCCCUGGUGCACCCUUACCGUACGAUCACUCGCGUGUCGUGCUAAACCAUCUGGCGAACGCGGAAGGCAUGGACUAUAUAAACGCUUCCACCAUCACCGAUCACGAUCCGCGCGCUCCAGCGUAUGUGGCCGCCCAGGGACCGAUGCAGUCGACGUUGGCCCACUUCUGGCAGAUGGUGUGGGAGCAAGGUGCGGUCGUGCUGGUUGCCUUGUGCCGCUUGCAAGAGAAUGGUGAACCGGCGUGUGCUCGCUACUGGCCAGAAGAAGGCGCCGAGGUGUACCACAUCUACGAGGUGCAUCUGGUCAGUGAACACAUCUGGUGCGACGAUUAUCUUGUGCGAUCGUUCUACCUGAAGAACCUGCGUACCGGGGAAACGCGCACCGUGACCCAGUUCCACUUCCUGUCCUGGCCACAGGGUGGUGUACCAACGUCCGCCAAGGCACUGCUGGACUUUAGGCGCAAGGUGAACAAAUCGUACCGCGGCCGUUCCUGUCCGAUCGUUGUCCACAGCAGCAAUGGAUCCGGACGUACCGGUGCGUACAUUCUGCUCGAUCUGGUGUUGGGUCGCAUGAACAAGGGCGCCCGAGAGAUUGACAUUGCCGCGACACUGGAACAUUUGCGCGAUCAGCGUGCCGGACUGGUGGCCACCAGGCAGCAGUUCGAGUUUGUGCUGAUGGCCGUCGCGGAAGAGGUCCAUGCCAUCCUGAAGGCUUUGCCACAAUCCACCAGCAGCAACAAAGGCUCGCAGGAUCAGGAAAAGGAUGGAAAUGCAGCACCGGAUGCAGCAAAGACCGGCGACAAACCAGUAGACAAGUAAAAGAUCAAUGCGAUUAGUUGAGCUUAGUUCGAAUAGGACAGUUUUGUUUUAAUAGUAACAAUUUUGUUUUGUUUCAUGAGAUCUGAAGUUUGAAAAUGAUAAGCUAAAGGAUCGAGCAAGUGGAUUGAAUGUUGAGUAAAGUUUACAUAAUUUAGGUUCCGUUGUGCUUUCGUAUUUUACCUAAUGAGGAAGACUUGAGGAGGUGUUUUUGGUUUCUUCUUGGCUUUAACGACCUUACAGGUCACGCCGGCCAUUUCUGGCUUACUAGACUUAUUUUUACCACGUAGCCGGAUAGUCAGUCCUUGCUACGGGGGGACGGUCCGGAUGGGAUUUGAACCCGGUCCGGCCGUGUGGACUGGCGCCGUUUAUCACAUGCACCACCGGGCCGCCGUUUUUGGUUUAAGUAGAUUAAUUUAAAAACCCAGUUUCCAGGCUUUGUAUUCCCACUUAGGGAUGGCUGUUUAAGCUGAAAGCACGAAACAUUGGCAUAUGACGACAAACAAGCUAUCGGAUUUUUGCGGAAGAAUCGAUUAACUAGACCCACGCGAAGCGAACCCGGAUGCACGCACUCAAAACGGAAGACGGCACAAAAUGAAUCGAACUGGCAAACAAAAAAAACUAUAUAUAUAUAAGAAAAACAAAACACACACACACAUACACAACAAUCGCUCACAAAACACACACACAUACAUAUGCACGGUAAAAGUGAAACCGUUCUGUACUAAAGCACCAACCAGCAGGCAGCAAAUGUGCUGUAACGUGCUGUACUGUCAAUUUUUGAAAAUCCAAUCAGCCGAGAGCCGGAUCAAUCGACGGUAUUGUACACGGAUUGUCCGUUUGCCGAUCGGUCGACUUUGCCCACCAGCCUGCAAAGUGGACCGAUCGGGUGUGAGACGGCGCACAUUUGUACCGUGCACUAAGAUAACAAGGCAGUAACCGAAAUCGACACCUUCUUUUGAAUAUCAUCCUUGCACAAUGGUUUUCCCCGCCCAGCACCAGGGGACAGCACUAAUGCAAGAAAGCAACAAUGGCAACCGUUCUAGGAUACCUUUGAACCAACGGAAUACUUAUCAUUAACUUAAUCACAUCAAUCACAAUGUUACUUACUUGGGAGGGUGGUCCACCAUGUCCACCUCCAAAAACCGAAUCACCUAUGUACCUCGUGUAAUUUGCAUGAAACGUACAGUAAAAACUGAAUCAUUUCCACUUAACUUAGCAGCGUGUGUCUGCGUAGCUGCGGACGGGUACGUUGAUGGCAUGGCCAGAUGGAUAUUUAUCCUACCACUCUACCCCUCUUACAAAUGCAUACAACAAAAAAAAUGGAGAUACAAACGUCAUACAUAUAUCUAUACAUACACAUUAUUAUACAUAAAUAUAUACAUAUAUAUAUAUAUAUAUAUAUACAUAUACAUUAUAUUAUAUUAAAGCAAAAAAAAACAAGAGAGAAUAUGUGGGAGAUAUAAUGAUCCCUUAACUAUUUUAAGCUACUAAAACCACUGGAGCUGAUAAUGAUGAUUAUGAUUAUAUGGGUGAACAAAGAAGAAAAAAAAAUAGUGAAUUGAAAAGUAUAUAUUUUGGGUGGGGAUAUGCAGAAGCUAGUUUGGGACAUGAGGUUCGUUUCGUACAAAAUGGCGAUUCAAAAUCGCUCACAUCACACGUGGAAUUCAUAGCACAAAAAAAACAAGAAGAAACCCGAAACAGCAAAAGCGGAGAAAAACGAAUGCGCGCAUUCGUCGAGACCGAUCUCGAGCUACAAGCGUACAGUCUUAACCAGUGCAGCUAUUAGGUAGGAGUAAAUUUAACAAAAAAAAAAACCCACCCUAGGAUAGAUGUUGGGCAGCACAUUUGAUGUGCUUUUGUUAUUAGCAGACAGGCAACAAACCAUCCACAAGCAAGCAGCAAACAGACAACCAAAAACUACAAGCAGAAAAGAAGCAAAAUUUAAUUCACACCUCUCACAUCUCACGGUAGUGAGAAGAUUGCCGCGGGAAGUAACUCACCGCAACAACACGAACGAACCACGUUUUUGAGGGAAGAAAAAGGAUACAAUCGGAAAGGUGAAUGGGAAGGCGUGACGUUGGGAGUAUGGAAGGGAAAGAAAAUAUAUAUUUUUUGAUUCCUUAUUGUAGAAACAGCCGUAACACGCCGGUCUCUACUGCAAUCGCUAGAAGCGAACGAGCAGUGCAACAAAAGUGAACGCAAAAGCGGUACGCGACAGAAAAAAAAACGUUUACAGCGGUACACGCCGUUCAGUAGUGACGUUUGACGUUUGACAUAUGUCAUUGUUUUUGUUUGUGCAGCGACACUCACUUCUCCGUUAGUAGUAGUAGACAGGUGCGCGUACGUGCUGUCAACCAUCUAGUAUACAUACUCACACAUAUAGAAAGCAGCAAACCUGACACAGCAAAACAAAAACCAAAAAAAAAACAAACACACACUCAUACUACACGUGAAGAAGAAAAUACAUUUUAGUGUUUAUUAAUACGACCCUCCCCAUCAAAGCGAGAAAGCAACUAGGCGAUGUGUAAUUGUUCGAUGAAAAUGUGUACUUUAUGAAAGUAACGCAAAACACGUUAUGCUUAUUCCAAUUUUACCCAUUAGUGAUUUAAUGUGUGAUUCAACGUAUGCAUGUUACUAAAAGCUACCCAAAAUGAAACAAACAAACAAACAAAAAACCAUACACACACACACAUCCCACCCCGAGUGCUAUCUAGAGCGGCAACUAUCGGGAGUGUGCGUGGUUCACUUAUACGCCUGUGUGGCGCACGUAAGAUGAGCAGAUAUUGUACUGGUAGCCGUACCAGGUUAAGUGUUAUCCCUUACCGUACAGCUCAAAAUGCAAACAAAUGGCCUUUCGCUUAGGCUAGCGAAAGCAAGCAAGCUCGACCGAAUAAGCGUCUCACACACACGCACGGACCGUUAACAUGGCAGCUUGAAGCCCUCAACUCCAGCCUGUUGAGGGAUUCGAGCCUGUCGGGGUCGUCGGUAUGUGUGAACGUAACGCGGGACGCCUUGAAGCCAAUCGCGAUCUAGAAACAGUAAAACCAACAUGGCGCACACUGAUCCCUUUCGGUGGGCUCGUUUGUCCUGUUUGGAUGUUUGGAACGGUAUGGAGUGUUUGAAUGAUCGUAGACAAAAAAAACACAUAUUAUAGCUAUAUUUCGGCCGUUUACACUACCUUUUCGGCUGUUUUUUUGGGGGCAUUCAAUUUCCAAUCAACAUCGCAACAAAAAGCUAAAACCACAAACAAAACGAUGGCAAAAAAACGAACUAUUCUAAUCAACUAACUAACUUACUACUGAUACUGACUGAUAAUGGACAACUGGAUGGUGAUGGAAUGGUGGUAAAGUUUGAUAAGGGAACAUGUGUAACAAUCGAAUCGUUCGCAAUCCGAUGCGGCGACAUUCUUUUGUAUGCGUGAAUUUCUUCAGCACGGAACCAACACCGUUCACUGUUACGCGAACAUCUUUCUCACAACACUUUAUAUAGAUGUAUUACAACAAAAAAAAUAAAAUAAAACACAUACCGCACCACCAAACGGGCCAACCGGAAAUGGACCAGAAACCCGAGGCGCCAUGUUGCGAUUGAGCGACAACAACUAUAAAUAUGCUAUAUCAAUACAACAAGAAACAAAUGUACUAAAAGCGACAGCAAAAAAACAAGCUCUACGAAAUAAUACGGGCGCGAAAGAUGGUGGUGGUGAUUUGUUUACACUUUACAAAAGAACGACGGCAAAUCGGGAAAACAAUGGAAAACAACAUGAAUCACAAGAGAAGAAGAAAGAAAAAACAAAAUCUGCAAAAAACGAGACAUGUGAAUGGGGGCAGGUGAGAGAAUAUUUAAAAAAAAACGAAUUAAUCAGAGACUGAGUAAAACAAAACAAAAAAAAAACAAACUACAAUUACACCUACUUCCUGUAAAAAGGAGUACACGUUUCGACGAAACUAUUUUUGAAUCUGUUAACCUUAACCUGUUUGAAGCACAACGCGAACACGCGCUUAUCUAAGUAAGAUAAAGAUGAAUUAAUAAACCGGAUUAUGUUUCAUAACAACUCUACUUCAAACCAACCAAAUUCGCACUGUUUCUUAGUACAUCUUUUGACACGUAGUGUUUGUAGUGUUUCAAUCGUUCUUGUCUACCAACGUUCUACCGACACAAUGGAAAUAUGUUUUGUUUUUUGUUGUACAUUCCUUUUCGUUUAGCUUUAUCAACCGUACAUUCACAACACAUUACAAACAACACAAAUUAUGUUGUUGAAAACACUAAACGAAUCGAACGGAACCAAUGGAACCCGACAAAUGCACCGCUAGGAAAAUGGCCAACGAUGAAACGGAUAAACGAAUAUAAAUAAAAAAAAAUUAAUGAACAAAAAAAAACCAAACACAAAGGGAAACUCAUACAAAACUGUAAUGAAUUAUUAUAUAUAUGAUACUUUUUUGAGCUAUUUCACAUAACAUUAUAUAGACAUAUACAUUUAAUGGGGGCAAAAGAAAAACAGAAGAGCAACAGGAGAGAAAAAAAAAACAAACAAACAAACCAACAUAUGAACAGUGCAGGAAGCAUAUACGGACGGACGCACUUUUAAACGGGAUUUGUAGAAACGUGAAAUAAUCGAACAAGCGGGAAGAAACGCUACGCUGCGGCGUAAUGGUACGCAAUGCAAAAAACAAACCGUGGCAAAAGGAUGCAUCCCACUAUGAAGAUAUACUAUAGAUAUAUAUACAUGCAUUAUAUACAUUAUAUACAUAUACAAUGUCAAUAGCAUCCCUCCUUCUUCCCACAAAACGAAUAAAAACACACGUUUACUAUACAACUCGUAAAGAUAAUCACCAGCCUCCCCACAUCUUCUAUGUGCCGCCCAGAUUCCCAGACACACUUGGCUGACUUCAGUUUCAGUCAAACA